CAAAUAAUGCAUGAGGCGUUAUUCCCCACAAAAUGGUGUUAUUGAUAGACAAAGUGGAAAGACCCUUUUGACCGAUGCGCUCCUCUAAAGAGCUGAGGGAGAUCUGGAGUUUGCUACACUGCAAAUAAUGAACACUAGAAACUGAGCACUUGAUCACGGUGCAUCAAGAGCAACAUUGUCCUAGGUGGCAGCAACCUGGUUGAAUUAUUUAGAACUUUGGUGGAUUAAAACUCAAGUUCAUCUUCCUUAGACUCUCAUGGCCGAGGACUCUGAUGUUCGUGUUGCUGACAGUGUCAUUGAGGAAAGUGACCUAAAUACUCCGGAAGCCAUGCCCGAAGGCCCAGAUCAGCAUGAUCCUGUGGUUGUCAUAGAGGAAAUUGAUCAGCAUCCAUUGAGAAGCAAGUGGAACAUUCCAAUAUCUGUCUUCUUCAGAGACUUAAGGCAUGUAUUCAAAAGGGAUGAACUUGGUCGAGAGAUAUGGGGGAUUGCUUUUCCCGCUGCCUUGGCUUUGGCGGCUGACCCCGUCGCUUCCUUAAUUGAUACUGCAUUCAUCGGUCGUUUAGGUCCAGUGGAGAUUGCAGCUGUAGGAGUCUCUAUUGCUAUAUUUAAUCAAGCUUCAAAGGUUACCAUAUUCCCACUAGUCAGUAUAACAACUUCAUUUGUUGCCGAAGAAGAAACUAUUGGAAAAACAUGUGCUAGCUUGGAAGAACAUGAAAACCCUAAGAAAUGCUCAACUAAGAACACAGAGAUGAAAGAGUUGAUGCCUGAUGAUGAAAUGCUUGAGAAGUUGGAAAGGGGUUCCACCAACAAUCGUGAAGUGAAAGAUUUAGUUCCAACAGAAGAUUUUUCUGCAACUACAUGUAAGUCCACUCCAAUAUUCAGUAGCAAACCAAAAAAAGCCAAGUUGAGCAAGGAAAGACGACAUAUCCCUUCCGCAUCUACGGCACUAGUACUUGGCGGGAUCCUUGGUCUCUUACAAACAUUGUUUCUGAUAUUUGGUGCUAAACUCCUCUUGUCUCUUAUGGGUAUAAAAUCUGAUUCUCCCAUGAUGACCCCUGCUAGAAAGUACUUGACAUUAAGAGCACUAGGUGCUCCUGCUGUUCUUCUUUCUUUGGCAAUGCAAGGCGUGUUUCGUGGCUUCAAGGAUACAAAAACUCCUCUCUAUGCCACUGUUGCAGGAGAUCUCACAAAUAUUGUCUUGGAUCCAAUACUUAUCUUUGCCUGCGGUUUGGGAGUCAGUGGUGCUGCAAUUGCGCAUGUUCUUUCUCAGUACUUAAUAUCUCUUAUUCUACUAUUGAGGCUGAUGAAACAAGUUAAUCUCUUACCUCCCAGCGGUAAAGAUUUACAAUUUCGCCGGUUCUUAAAGAAUGGAAUUCUUUUGCUGGCAAGGGUGAUAGCUGCCACAAUUUGUGUUACCCUUGCUGCCUCAAUGGCUGCACGGCUGGGUUCAACUCCUAUGGCUGCAUUUCAAGUAUGCUUACAGGUUUGGAUGACAUCAUCACUUCUUGCUGACGGUUUGGCUGUUGCUGGACAGGCAAUUCUAGCAAGUGCAUUUGCGGAAAAAGAUUAUGACAGGGCAAUUGCAGCUGGAGUCAGGGUAUUGCAGAUGGGAUUUGUUCUAGGCAUGGGGCUUGCUGUGCUUGUUGGUGUCGGCCUAAGAUUCGGAUCUGGAGUAUUCUCGAAAGAUAUCAAUGUCCAGCAUCUCAUUUUUGUGGGCAUCCCAUUUAUUGCAGCUACACAACCCAUCAAUUGUUUGGCUUUUGUCCUCGAUGGUGUCAAUUUUGGAGCAUCAGAUUUUGCCUACUCUGCAUUUUCCAUGGUUACAGUCUCCCUUAUCAGCAUUGCUUCAUUAUUCCUUCUCUCCAAGAGUAAUGGUUAUGUUGGAAUCUGGGUUGCUCUAACUAUAUAUAUGGUUCUUCGGGCUCUAGUUGGUCUUGGGAGAAUGGGAACUGGGAGUGGACCUUGGCGCUUUAUUAGAGAAGGACUUCUUCCACAACGUUUAUGAAGACAAACUUACCUUAAAACUCUUCUUAGAUAAUCCAGGCCAUUUCCGCAACUCAUGUUUAUUUAUAUUUCCAUAGAAGCCAUCCAUCUCUUACAUUACGCUUUUUCCUCCUUACCUGGGGUUCUCCUACCUUACCUGCUCAAUAAUCGGUUAUAUACACAUGCUCUCUCUCUCUCUC